AUGGAUCCAUUCAAGGCACUGGGUUCGCUAUGCAAGAGAGGAUGUGGGUUCUUCGGCACGGCCGAAAACAAAAACCUAUGCUCCAAGUGCUACAACGAGAGCCUCAGAGAGAAUAUUCAGAAACACAAGGCCUUGCUGAGGUUCGAGCGCGAGACCGAGGAAUCUCCGGCAAUGGAUUUCGGUCCGAACCCAUCAGUUCCGGCGGAUGAAACCGCCGGAAAACAGUCUCCCGCGCAGAGGUGCAAGGUGUGUAAGAGGAAGAUAGGGCUUCUAGGGUUUGACUGCAGAUGCGGCAACAUGUUCUGCGGGUUACAUCGACAUGCGGAGGAGCACUCGUGUCCAUUCGAUUUCAAGGAAUAUGGUCGUCUCGCUUUGGCAAAGGAAAACCCUUUCGUCGGCUCCGACAAGUUGGAUAGAUUAAUAUAG